CUAUAAACAUGAAGAAAUCAACUCCCUUUACUGUAACGGUAGACCAAAGAAUAGACAUGUGUUCCUGUCUGGCAGAUUAUAGGGUUAACAACCAGCGCAGGAAUGAAAGUUAUGCAACGUCACACUUGAAGGAUCACGCCCUAUAAAACACACAAUUUCAUUUGUUGUAACUCCUAAAACCAUGGCGUCUGCUGCUCUGAGAGGCGAUCUCUGCUCCUUCUGAUUGAACACUGCUGUAACCCUGAGACAAAAACAUAACUUCUGCCAGGACUGUAUUGAUCAGGUCCUGAAAUCUCAUGAGUCUGGAGUUUAUUCCUGUCCUAGAUAAAGAGCGAAAUUUCGGGAGCAACCUUCAUCUAUAAAGAACAUGAAUCCACAUAAUGUAGCAGAAAAUGUCCGGUCUAGUGAGCCACAUCAGGAGGAGAUGACCGAGAUCUGCUGCACCUACUGUAUUCACUCUCCUGUACCUGCUGUGAAGUCCUGUCUGCACUGUGAGGCUUCUCUAUGUGAUGAUCACCAGAAAGUUCACAGCAAGGAAGAAGAACAUGUCCUGACUGAUCCCAGCACUUCCCUACAGAACUGGAAAUGCUCCAUCCAUAAGGAACUUUUAAAGUACUAUUGUCCUAAGGAUGCUAUCUGUAUCUGUGUGUCCUGUAACUUAGCAGGAGUGCAUCAGGGACACCAGGUGGAGAUGCUGGAUGAGGCCUCUAAGAAGAAGAAGGGGACAUUGAGAAAUAUUCUGCAGAAACUGAUCACAAAGAGAGAGAAGACUGAGGAAAGAGUCCGGAGUCUGGAGGAACGCAGGAGAAAAGCUCACAUUAAAGCAGCUGAAGAAGUGGAGAGAGUCACUGCCCUGUUUAUAGACAUGAGGAGACGGCUGGACGACCUGGAGAAGAGGGUCCUGAGUGAGAUCUCCAGUCAGGAGGAGAAGCUGUCACUGUCAUUGUCUGAUGUGAUCCAGAAGCUGGCGAUAAAGAAGGACGAGCUGUCCAGGAAGAUGAGACACAUUGAGGAGCUGUGUAACAUGACGGAUCCACUGACUGUCUUACAGGAUCCAGACAUAGGUGACUUGUGUGAUCCUGAGGAGGGGGGAGGGGAUGAGGACACAGGGGCACAUGAUGUAGGUACGGAUGUUAUUAAAGGGAUGAUACAUAAAGGUUUAUCUGAUAUAAUAACAUAUCUACCGACCAUCUCAGCUACAACACCAAAAAGAAAAAGGCCACAACCUCAAUCUUCACCCAAGCAAAGAAAAAUCUUACUUUUGUCAGGUACAAAUUAUGGGGGCGAUGGUGUAAUAGUCAGAACUGGGAAUGUUAAAAUGGGGGUGACGGCUGCAGAAGAGGGAGGGAUCAAUGGGCAGGGUCCUGCAGACAUAUUCCUGGAUGUAAACACAGCUGGUGAGUAUAUCCUUAUAACAAAUGACCGGAAAACUGCAAAUGGGGCAGCUAUUAAGCAGAACUAUCCAGAAACAGCAGGGAGAUUCCAGGGUCAUCAGGUGAUGAGCAGCAACAAUUUUUUCUCGGGGCGACAUUACUGGGAAGUGGAGAUCAGUAGAUCAGGAUUGUGGAUGUUGGGGAUGUGUUAUCCCAGUAUAGACAGGAGGGGAGAUCAGUCAGUCAUUGGCGAUAAUGACAAAUCCUGGAGUUUAUGGGGAGGGCAGGGGAGUAAUAAUCAGUAUUCUGUGAGACACAACUCUAGAAAGAUUCAAUUACCUGACAAUAUCUCCAGUAAUAGAUUCAGGAUCUGUCUGGAUUAUGAGGCCGGGCAGCUGUCCUUUUAUGAGCUGUGUGACCCUAUCAGACACUUACACACCUUCACCACCACCUUCACCGAGCCCCUUCAUGCUGCAUUAUAUGUAUAUGAUGGUUCUGUAAAGAUAUUAGGGGGGAGCAGCUGCUGGAAGAAAUUAAAGACAGUGAUUGGCGAAGCAUUCAAGUUUUAGGAUACAUCAGUAGGAGGAGCUUUUUUUGUUCUUUUCUUUCCCCUUAAACAGUUAAAAGGGUUUAUCCAAGAGUUAAUGAUCCAUCCCAUUCAUAUUGACCAUAAAACUCUUUUUGCUGGGCUCAGUAUAGAGCUUGAAAAUAAUCUUCUUACAGGCGUAUUAUAAAGAAUUGGACUACUAAAUUUGGUAAAGGAUGAUAUCAAAUGAUUGUUUUAAAAUAGAUUAAAGUCCCACGUUCCUCUGCAGUAGAAGAUGGGGUGCUGAUGGGGAUCAAAUUAUUUUUUGCUUCACUGUAUAUCGUUGUUCGAUGUUCAUUCUUUUGUACUGGGUUAUUUGAUUUGGCAUUGGUAUUAAAAGGAGUUUCGGUCCAGAGUUUUUUGUUGUUGUUGUUAUUAUUGUUACCUGUACUAUAUGUAUUCCAUGCUCAGGGGUCUCCUGUUUGAUAGUCUGUUCUACUUCUACCAAGUUAAGUGGCUUUCCUUUCAAUCAAUUCAGGUUCUAGUUUAAGAAGCCUUCCUGUUAUGAUUCAGUUUUGAUAAUCAGGAUGCAGGGCCGGUGCCACCAAUAGGCCAGGUGGGCACCGGCCUAGACCACCCAGGGUAUAAGCAAAAUCACUG